AUGAAUCUAUUACAAUCAGGACUAUUGACCAUAUUUACAGCAUCAACAUCAUCAUUAAUCUAUUGUCUUUGUUUUAAUAAUUUAAAUAGAAAAUUUCAUUUAUUAAUACGAAUUAUGAAUCCGAAACGAUAUUUGUCUCAUUUCAGUUUUUGGCAAUUACAAUUUAUUUGUUCCGAACAUAAUCGUCUUACUGGUUAUAUAAUAUGUACAGAUCGUGAAAAAUGGAAUAUGGCAUUAUGUAAAUUUCUUAUGGUUGGAAUACCGAUGAAUGUAUGUUUUAUGUGCGUUAUAAUAUUCGGUAAUCCGGGUCAAAGUGAACAAAUGUAUUAUUUAUUAAUAACGAUAUUACAUGCAUUCAGUUCGAUUUUACCCACAGUAUCAUUAGCUCAUAUUUAUAAUUAUAUUAAGAAUAUCCGAAAAUACAUUUCAAGAACUAUUCCAUAUUUAGGACAUUUACGUUUGAAAUUAAAAUAUGAAGAACUUUAUGGUCGUCUUAUGUAUGGUAAACCAUAUUGUUUUACAUUCGGUUAUAUUGGUCCUGUUACCUACACUACCCUUUCUCAGGCUUUGACAGCUUAUAUUUUAAUAUUUAUUUUGGUUACAAAUUGUUAUCUGAAAAAUUUUAAUAUUUUCAAGACUGAAUGUCUUGUAAUAAGGACAUUUCAACAUUUGUCAUUGGGGCUGUCAACAAGAAUGUUCAUACGUAUUCAUGAAUUUAGUUAUGGCCAAAUUAAACAAUUGGUCGAACGUAAAGAUGAUUAUCGUUUACGUUUGUUGUAUCGAUUUGAAAUGGCCAUCAUAAUAUUAACUAUUGUUCGUGUUAUGGCUAUUAUGUUGAUGCUUAAAUGGCCGGAUUUAUUUCCUUUAUAUCGAUAUGAUCAUUUCGGCAAUUUUAUUUGGAGAUAUCGUGAUAUUUAUGAUGAAUUUUUAUUAUUCCUGUUAAUAUUGGUACUUUUAAUCAUUGUUGUAGGUUUGCAUACAUUUUAUCUUUGUGAUAAACAAACAUUGGCGUUUCAAGUUCUUUACGAUAUAAUGGUUAUAAAUUUGGAACAUUAUCACAAAUGUCAUAUUAAAAAUCCGCUAAUCAUACGAAAUGCAAUCGAAUUUCGGCGACAAAAAUAUCUCCGAAAACGUAAAGGAUCGAUCAUACCGUUAUUUAUAUAUAGUCNAUAUUGCUGGCUAAAAGCAUGGUUUGAUUCUUGGCUCGAAAUGGAAUCUUUUCGAAUGAAUCGAAGAAUGUUCAUCAAAAAUCCAAUGAAAUUAUUUACAAAAGCACCAGUGCGUGCAAGAGUUUAUCUUGGAUUUUACAUGAUCAUACAAGAUGGAUUUAAUUUCAUUCUUCAUUUAAUUACAAUGAUAUUUGCCUUUUUUAUAACAGCAAUUUUCGUGAAAGAAUUUCAUGAAAAUUUCGUUGAAAGUUUCGGAACAUGGGUUAUCGUUAUUAUCGAUAUAACUACAUUAAUUAACGGGGCAAUGAAUCUAUUACAAUCAGCAUUAUUGACAAUAUUUGCGGCAUCAACAUCUUCAUUAAUCUAUUGUCUUUGUUUUAAUGAUUUAAAUAGGAAAUUUAAUUCAUUGUUCAUUGGUCAAAAACAAUAUUUUUCUAAUUUCCGUCUUUGGCAAUUACGAUUUAUUUGUUUCGAACAUAAUCGUCUUAGUGGUUAUAUAAUAUGCACAGAUCGUAUGAAAUGGAGCAUGUCAUUAUGUCAAUUUCUUAUGGUUGGAAUACCGAUGAAUGUAUGUUUCAUGUGCGUAUUAAUAUUUGGCCAUCCAAGUCAAAAUGAAAAAUCUCUUUAUAUAUUCAUAACUGUAAUACAUGCAUUCAGUUUAAUUUUACCCACAGCAUCAUUAGCUCAUAUUUAUAAUUAUAUUAAACAAAUUCGAAAAUAUAUUACAAGAGGUAUUCCAUAUUUAAGACAUUUUCGAUUGAAAUUAAAAUAUGAUGAUCUUUAUGGUCGUCUUAUGUAUGGUAAACCAUAUUGUUUUACAUUUGGUUAUAUUGGUCCUGUUACUUACACUACCCUUUCACAGACAUACAUUGAUAAACAUUGAAACAAUAUGUUCUUAAAUAUUCGUGAAUUUAGUUAUGGCCAGAUUAAGCAAUUGAUCGAACAAGAAAAUGAUUAUCGUUUACGUUUGUUGUAUAGAUUUGAAUUCUUUAUGAUAGUUUGUUAUUAUUUUCGUUGCAUUGCCAUCAUAAUUAUGUUGAGAUGGCCAGAUAUAUUACCAUUAUAUCGAUUUGAUAAUUUGGCGCUUUUUGUCUGGGUAUAUCGAAAUAUUUAUAAUGAAUUUGUUGUAUUCAUUUUGUCUUUGAUGGCAAUUCUAUGCCUACUCGGCUUACGGGAAUUCUACCUUUGUGAUAAACAAACAUUCGUGUUUCGAGCUAUUUACGAUUUAAUGGUUCGCAAUUUUGAAAAUUAUCGUAAAUGUUUAAAAAAUCCAAUUGCCAUUAAAGAUUCAAUCGAACUUCGACGGCAAAUAUAUCUUCGACAACGUAUGACUGUUAAUGGAUUGAUCAUACCGAUGUCUAUAUUUAGUCGAUAUUGUUGGCUAAAAGCAUGGCUUGAUUCUUGGAUCGAAAUUGAUUUUUUUCGAUUGGAUCGACAAAUGUUCAUCAAAAAUCCAAUGAAAAUAUUUGAUAAAACACCAGUACGUACAAGAGUAUAUCUUGUUCAGUGCAUUAUCAUACAAAAUGGAUUUUUUUUUAUUUUUCAUUUGUUUGCAUGUAAGUUUUUUUAA